UUUGCUUUAAUUUCUAACAUAUAAUGCUUCAGUCAUUUUGCAUCAGUUGUUUAACAUGCAUUCCUUGUUGCUGUUAAUACUUUUUUUUAAAGUAGAAUUAAGGACUUCAUGCUGCCAAUUUCUGGGCAUUGAUGUCUCACCAGAAACAAUCUCAGUAUGAUCUGCAUUUAGACAUCUGUAGAAAAAUUGAGAUAAACUAUGGCCAAGAUGAUUUACCUACAAAAAAUAUGCUCUGUUGAGAGCUCAAUUCUAUUUAACCAGAGCAUGUCAUACUCGAAAAUUUCUAAGAUCUGAAGGAAUUAUAUUCUGACGUUGUUGCAGGUAUGGCUAUGAUCCUCAAGAUUUUGCCAAGUAUGUGCACCAUAUCAACUGAGUCAUCUCCCUUCGAUCACAUUUCUCAAUGUUGAUAAGCCAUGAUCAAGUAGAAAGACAUUGGUGCCAAAUCCUUCAUUUCCAUUGUGCAGAUACCAAGCUUAUGAGCUCAUCCAUGGAAGGUGGGCAAUGGUUGGUGCAGCUGGCUUCAUCAUCCAAGAGGCAGGCCUUCAACAAAUUUGGUGCAAACUGUGGCCCCGAGGCUGUCUGGUACUUGAAUUAUGCUUGUUUUUGUACUCGAAACAAUCUUAAUACUAUCAUACGCAAUCAGAUUAACCCAUCUACAUUUCGUACCGAAAUCGGUGGCUUUUUGAUGUGUUUGCAGACUGGUGCUCUUCUCCUGGAUGGGAACACACCGAACUACUUUGGGAAGAACAGUCCAAUCAAUCUUGUGCUUGUUGGAGGUGCUGAAUACUACAGAAUCAUCAAUGGACUGGAUUUGGAGGACAAGCUGCACCCUGGAGGUCCAUUUGAUCCCACCGGGGCUGGCAGAUGAUCCAGACCAAGCUGCAUUGCUCAAGGUGAAGGAGAUCAAGAAGGGGCGGCUCGCGAUGG